AUGGCUAGUCCUCCUGUUCUAGCUUUCGACGCCGAGGGCCGUCCGGUCAAAUUCGAAACCUGGCUAGAUGAUCUGCACCUUUUCCUACAGCUCACUGCCAAGGAAGAUAUUACACUGUACGACCACGCUCUCGGCCAUGCGACCGCCCCACUCGCUACUGCCCCCCCAACUGAGCGCUCACAGUGGCAGACCCGUGACGCACACGCUCGCUUUGCUAUUCGCAACUCCCUGCCGCUAGAUGAGCGCGAGCACUUCGGCCAGUGCAAGACUGCUAAGGACCUCUACACAGCUGUAGUGGCCCGCUACUCCUCACCCGCUUCUGCCACACUAGGCCGCCUCACUCUCCCCUACCUGUUCCCCGACCUAGCCUCUUUUCACACUGUCGCAGACCUCAUCACCCACCUUAAGACUAGUGAGGCUCGCUUUCGCGCUGCCAUGCCUGAUGAGUUCCUCGCUAGCAACCCCCCCCCGCUCUGGAUCACUCUCUACCACGUUGUCACCCGCCUCCCUGACUCUCUGCGCCCUGUCAGGGACCAGUUCCUCUCUCGCUCCCCCACUGAACUCACCAUAGCCCUCCUCGAGAAGGAACUGCUUGCAGCCGAGGCUAGUAUCGUCGCUGUAGGCACCUCUCGUGGCGACCCCCGCGGCCCCUUCUUCGAGGGGUGCUCCCCUUCCCCCCUCCUCCCCUCUGUCGCCUCUGCUGCUGCUGUCGACCUCCUUGGUGCUGAGAAGGUCGGGGCUGCGUCUGCUUCAGGCGGACGACGCAGGGGCAGGAGUGGCAGGAGUGGGGGUGGUGGCGGAGGAGGCGGGGGUGGAGGUGGUGGCGGUGGAGGUGCGACUGGAGAGGCUAGUGGCGGCAGUGGUGGAGGUGACAGCGGUGUUGGGAGUGGUGACAGGGGCGGAGGUGGCAGCGGAGGCGGAGGUGGUCGUGGCAGCGGCAGGGGUGGAGGUGGCCGGGGCGGAGGCGGAGGGGGUGGUGGUCGUGGAGGCCCGGCGGGCGGUCAGAGUCAGCAGCCUGCCCCGACCCUUCAGGCCGCCCGUGAGUGGUAUGCGCGGCGCAGCGUCACCUGCCAGUACGUUAUUCGUACAGGUGACCGCACUGGCCAGACGUGUGGGGGGCCGCACCAGACGGAGCGCUGCUUCGCCCGCCUCAACGAUGCGUGGCGCACUCAGUUUCCUGGUGGGGGUGAGCUGCCGCGCUGGGCUGAUCUGCUCAGGAAGGGUGUUGAUAUUUGGGCACUUGACUUUGAUGCUAUUCUCACUGCCAUGUAUGCGAUGUCUAUUAGUGGAGAGGGUGCUCAGUACUUGCGUGUUCCGCCCGACCCGGGCAUUCAGGCCAGCCCUGCUGCUGCACUAGGUGCUAGUGUGUCUGCUUCCACAGGUACUACUGCAGCUGCUGCUCUAGGUGCUUCUGCGUCUGUGCCCCCUGGUACUGAGUCGACUGCAGCACUGCACACCUUCACACUUGACUCAGGUGCUUCUCGCUCUUUCUUUCGUGACCGCACUGUCCUUGAGCCUCUAGCUCGGCCGGUUGCUGUCUCUCUUGCUGACCCCUCUGGGGGUCCGGUCCUUGCGACCUCCUCCACCACCCUUCCGUGUCCAGCGGUUCCGUCCGGCAAGCUCUCAGGUCUCUACCUCCCCUCGUUCUCCACGAACUUGGUGGCAGGUAGUGCGCUCCAGGACUCGGGUGUUCACCAGUUCACCCCUGCCUACGAGCGUGUGACUCACUGCACGUGUGCUCGGACGGGCCGCCACCUGGCUACUUUCACUCGAGAGCCGGGGUCUGACCUGUACACACUGACCACUGAGUCCCCUCAGGUAGCUGCGUCUGCGUCAGCGUCAGGUCAGCUGUCCGCCCCCUGCUCGUGUCGCUCUCUGGCGAACGACACCGUCCUCUGGCACCACCGCCUUGGUCACCCGUCUGUGCAGCGCCUGCGGGCCAUGCACAAACGGGACCUUGUUGCUGGUCUUCCCAGGGUGCUCCCUCCCCUUCCUGACUCCCCUGCUCCUGACUGCAUUCCCUGUGUCGAGGGGCGGCAGCGCGCCGCUCCUCACUCCUCCUCCUUUCCCCCGACGACCGCUCCCCUGCAGACGCUCCACAUGGACGUGUGGGGCCCAGCCCGCGUCCGUGGUCAGGGUCAGGAGAGGUACUUCCUGAUAGUUGUUGACGACUACUCGCGCUACACCACGGUCUUCCCCUUGCGCGCCAAGGGUGACGUCCCUGGUGCUUUGAUCCCCUGGAUCAGCCGAGCCCGUCUCCAGCUAGGCGAGCGCUUUCACUCGGACUUUCCUGUCCUGCGCUUGCACUCUGACAGGGGUGGUGAGUUCGCCUCCGACCUCUUGGCAGCCUACUGUGCUGAGCACGGCAUUGAGCAGUCGUACACGCUUCCGGCCUCUCCACAGCAGAAUGGGGUUGCUGAGCGCCGCAUUGGCUUAGUCAUGGAGGUCGCUCGUACCUCCCUGACCCAUGCGGCUGCUCCCCACUUUCUGUGGCCGUUUGCAGUCCGGUACGCCGCGCACCAGCUCAACCUCUGGCCCCGUGUCUCCUUGCCGGAGACUUCCCCGACUCUACGGUGGACGGGAGAGGUUGGCGAUGCGUCGCGUUUCCGGGUCUGGGGAUCUCGAGCUUUUGUCCGCGACACGUCCGCGGACAAGCUCUCGCGUCGCGCUGUUCCCUGUGUCUUUCUUGGCUUUGUUCCCGACGCGCCUGGAUGGCAGUUUUACCACGUCACCUCGCGCCGGGUUCUGGCCUCUCAGGACGUCACUUUUGACGAGUCCGUCCCCUUCUACCGCCUCUUCCCCUACCGCACUGCCCCGCUCCCCCCCCCGCCUCUCUUCCUCGCUCCAGGUGCUGAGGUACCAGACCCCCUCCCCCCUCAGGGUGCCGCUCCCUCAGGUGUGUCCCAGGUAGACCCGAGUGAGCCUGUCGAGGUAGCUGUUGACUCGCGUCCUGCGUCUGGGGGUGCUGAGCCUGGUAGUGCUGCGUCUGAGGGUGCUGAGCCUGGGGGUGCUGAGCCUGGGGGUGCUGAGCCUGGAGGUGCGGAGCCUGGGGGUGCUGAGCCUGGAGGUGCGGAGCCUGGGGGUGCUGAGCCUGGAGGUACGGAGCCUGGAGGUACUGAGCCUGGAGGUGCGGAGCCUGGGGGUGCUGAGCCUGGAGGUGCGGAGCCUGGAGGUGCGGAGCCUGGUGGUGCUGAGUUUGGACGUGCUGAGUCUGGGGGUGCUGAGUCUGGGGGUACUCCAUCUGGAGGAGCCCUCUCCUCCCAGCAGCUGCAGGAGAGGUACCUCGAGUACUGCCGCCUCCGGAGAGGUGCUUCUGGAGCUCGUCCCGGUACUUCCCCUCCUACCCAGGAGCUCCCCCCCAUUCAGGUGAUCCGCGAGUGGUACACGCGGCGCUGCAGUCUUCGUAGUGGUACUCCUGGUGCUGCGGACCCGAGCGGUGGUGCUGUUGCUGGUGCUGAGGACCCGGAUACUGGAGCUGCGGCUGGUGCUGAGGACCCGGGCGUUGGAGCUGCUGCUGGUGCUGAGGACCCGACCGGUGGCGCGGCUGCUGGUGCUGAGGACCUGACCAGUGCCCCUGCUGCUGGUGCUGAGGACCCGGGCGUUGGAGCUGCUGCUCGUGCUGAGGACCCGACCGGUGGUGCUGCUGCUGGUGCUGAGGACUCGGGCGUUGGAGCUGCUGCUGGUGCUGGGGACUCGGACGUUGGGGCUGCCACUGGUGUCCCUGCUGCUUCUGGAGACGCUGCGCGGCCGCGACCGUACUUCGUACCGCUCCUUCAGCAGGUUCUUGGUCAGGCUCCUCCUCCUUGUCCUCCUUCCUCCGUCGAGUGUCCUCUGCCUGUCCAGCCGCAGUCACAGUUACCGCCUGUCUCGCCUCUCCCUGCUCCCUCCCCUUACGCUGGUCCCACAGGAGGUCUUACAGAGCGUCGUGAGCCUGAGUCUCGUCCUGCGUCGCCUGUUCGUACUGCUCGCACUGGUCGUCGUGUCCCACGUGAGCGUCCUCCUCCUGUCCCUGGCACUCACUACAUGACUCUGCGUCCCUCCACUGCUCCGCAGCGUGUCCCGCUGCCGUCUCCUCCUGCGUCCUCUCUUCCUACUCUUCCUGACCCGGAGUCUGACUCCCGUCGUGCUGCCAGUCCCACUGUUACGCGUCUCCUCGCUACAGUUGUCACUGACCCGACCUUUGAGUCCUCUGCUGCGUCUGCUCUGGUCGCUGAGUUGGUUGACUUUGCUGCUCGCUGUCGCCUAGACUACGCUGCCAGCCUUGUCGCUAGGUCUGAGUCUGCGUCUGCCUGUCCUCCGUCCGUCGGGGGUGAGUGUGCCCUCGGCACGGACGUCCUUGAGGACAGACAGGAGGAGUUCCACUGCCUUGCUGCUGCUUUGCCCCGUCUCGUGUCCUUGCUAGUUGCCCCUGAGGGAGACCCGGAUGCACCAGACAUCCCGACCCCACGCUCUUACGCUGAGGCGAUGGCGGGUCCCUACUCCUCUCAGUGGCAGACAGCCAUGGACGCAGAGAUGGCCUCCUGGAAGUCCACAGGCACCUACGUAGACGAGGUUCCCCCUCCUGGGGCGAACAUCGUCAGUGGCAUGUGGAUUUUCAGGGUGAAGCGGCCGCCGGGUUCUCCACCUGUCUUCAAGGCGCGCUACGUGGCUCGAGGCUUCAGUCAGCGAGAGGGAGUAGACUUCUUUCAGACCUUCUCCCCCACCCCGAAGAUGACUACUCUUCGGGUGCUGCUGCACAUAGCCGCUCACCGUGACUAUGAGCUUCACUCUCUUGACUUCAGCACUGCUUUCUUGCAGGGCAGUCUGCACGAGGAGAUCUGGCUGCGCCGCCCCCCUGGCUUCACUGGGUCAUUUCCUCCUGGCACCCAGUGGAGGCUUCAGCGGCCGGUCUACGGUCUCCGCCAGGCGCCACGUGAGUGGCACGACACACUGAGGACGACACUUGCGGCUCUUGGGUUCGCUCCCUCUACUGCUGACCCGUCGCUGUUUCUACGCACCGACACCUCGCUGUCGCCGUUCUACAUCCUCGUGUACGUCGACGACUUGGUCUUUGCCACUGCUGACACCGCGGCACUCGCUCACGUGAAGUCGGAGCUGCAGAAGAGACACACUUGCACAGACCUGGGUGAGCUGACGAGCUAUCUUGGCUUGCGGAUCACCCGGGACAGAGCGCGGCGCACCAUCACCCUGACUCAGUCACACAUGGUGCAGCAAGUUCUCCAGCGCUUCCGCUUCACGUACUCCUCGCCUCAGUCCACUCCUCUGCCUACCGGUCACUCGCUCUCAGCUCUGCCUUCGGAUGAGUCCGUAGAGCCGAGUGGCCCGUAUCCAGAGCUUGUGGGCUGCCUCAUGUACCUGAUGACCUGCACUCGACCUGACCUUGCAUACCCUCUUAGCAUCCUAGCACGCUAUGUCGCUCCUGGCCGUCACCGGAAGGAGCACAUGGAUGCUGCUAAGAGGGUGUUGCGCUACUUGUGCAGUACGUCGGGCAUGGGGCUUGUGCUUGGAGGGCGAGACCGGGUUGUUCUCACAGGGCACUCAGACGCUUCUUGGGCAGACGACCAGGCUACUCAGCGGUCGUCCCAGGGUUACACCUUCAGCCUUGGCUCUGGCUCAGUUUCUUGGCGUUCUACUCGCUCUUCUUCUGUUCUCAGCUCCAGUUGUGAGGCUGAGAUCUACGCCACAGCCAUGGCUGCUCAGGAGCUACGCUGGCUGACCUACCUGCUGACCGACCUCGGAGAGCGGCCUCGUUCUCCUCCAGUGCUGUACGUUGACAACAAGGCUGCCAUUGCCUUGUGUGAGGAGCACAGACUGGAGCACAGAACGAAGCACAUCGCUCUGCGGUACUUCCUUGCUCGAGAGCUGCAGCAGCGUGGUCAGCUUUGUCUGCGUUACGUGGCCACGGAGGCCAACACUGCUGAUGUGUUCACCAAGGCGCUUCAGCCUUGUGACCAUCAGCGCUUUUGCACUCUACUAGGCCUUGUACCUACUGGGCCUCACUUGCUUACCUCUUGA